AUGGAAUCUUCGACAUCAGAGUUCUCAGUCGACGUACGCCCAUUUCCUUCUUGUUUUUGUUUUCAGUCCGUCCUUCAUUUCAGUUCAUCGGUGUCAUUCCAAAUGAGAAUUAUGCGGGCCUCGACGACUUUGGACGCACCGACUUUCUCCGAAUUUAUGAUCGAGCGAUGGUGAGUGAGUGCACGAAAUAGGACGGAACCGGAGGGAGAUUCCAGGGAGACAAAGUGAUCAAAAUGGUGACAAGUGUGGAAGAAGUCGAGUUUCAUUCGCAUCUUCUCCAGGUUCUUCACAACAAAAUCUCGGUGAUCGAGCGGAAAACGGUCAGUUUUCUCGUUUCAAAGGACUUUUUCUUAUCAGAUAAACGUUUCUCUCGGUUUUGAGUUCAAACAACGCCCUUGUCCGUUUCACCGUUUUAUAUAGUUACUUUCUGCUGAUCCAUUUAUUCCAAUUCUCAUUUCGCAAUGUUGCCAUUUCAUCCGGGACAUUUUUGACAAUUGAAACGUUUUUAUGGGCAUAUGAACUCGUAUAGUUUCCAUUUCGCCCAUCUCCCGAGGUCAUUUCCGCCUAUUUUAGUGACCUCGAAACUAUAUUUCCCUGAGCUGAGACCAAAUUUCAACUCGUUCCGAUCCGUUCCUAAGUAUGUUCUCUCCCUUCUUUCUUGCCAUAAAAACGGAUAAUCUCUUGACUACAAACAUUUGAAAACAAGAGCGUUUUUGUUUGCAGAAGAACUGCUGUUUUGAAGUAUCCAUUCCACUCAUAUUCUCAUGUGGGUCCCUUUCGGAAGACGGAAUCGUUCUUUUCACCUUCAACAUUGCCCCCUAUCCAGCCAAUCAGAACUAUAGAGAUCUUCUGGUGUUAGCUCUUCCCAACGAGGUAUUCCUCUUAGUUUCAAUCACUUCUACUGAAUACUAAUAAUUCAGAAGACAGCUGAAAAACUAUCAGAAGAGCUGAAUGCGAAGUUCGCUCGUUUCGCCGAACAACAACUGCAGACGGCUUCCCGUGAGUGAAUCUCUUGCACGUCUUCGAAAUGCAUGAAGGGGGAGUACGGGUGGCUCGGAUCAAAACAGCCCGUUCGCAAAUUGGCCGACGCUCGUAAAUCUUGAAAGUGACUAUCACGGCAAGCUGUGGCCACUAACAAGCGAUGUCUUCCGUCGUCUUGUUCCCGUAGUAUCUGUCUCUGCUUCUGUGAGCACUCCACGCGGUACGCACUCCCUCCUCUCUUCUUCCGUCCUUUCCCUCUUUCUUUUCUCGCGACAAAACUUUUCGCCCGUCCUUCCCGCCGCCAGUUUAUAUUUAUCGGUAAAGACAUAGAUAGGCCAAUUAAAUACAACCGAGUCCGUUUCUUCUCAAUCUCUCACUUCCUCCUACCACUCUUUUUUGGUGAAUGGAACAUGUAGCAGUAUAAAAACAAAUGCGAACCAUGAAUCAUUUGCAAGGAAAUGUCAGUUCCCUCACUUUCCCUCGUUCUCUCUCCCUCAUUGUUCCCCCAAAUUCACAGUAUCAACCUCCUUCUGAUUCCCCUCGCCCGCCUGCAAACAUACCUACAACAACAGGUUGUUUUGAAUGAAAUCGUGGUGACAUUUUCAAAAUCAAUGUUUAUAUGAAGGGGACGAGAAGAAAGAGAGAGAGAGAGAGAGAGAGAGAGAGAGGGCUAGUUUGCCCCCACUGACUUUCCCUAUUUUCAUUGUUCUGGGUCCAUUGGUGACAAUGUGGUGGACCUAGUGGUUCCCUCCAUUUCCAGACGACUCUUCUUCGAUCUUCCGUUUUACCCUUUAGGCAAUCCUUCGGAUUGUUCGCCAAUGCUUGAAGCGUCUGAAUAAGAAAACUCUGCUCUCUUCUCUCAUUAUUUACCCGCAGGAUUUGAUUACUCCCAAAUAUUUUGCAAUAUAAAAUGCGUGGUGUCUCCUUCGCUCCUGCCUUUUUCCCUUUUCAAACACAAUUCUCUUUUUUCAGGCCAAUCCAAAUCGUUGUCUUCUUUGGAAGCGUAAGUGUUCAUCUGAAUGUUCAUUGAGAAUCACCGCGCCUGUUCCAGAUCCUCGCCGCUCGCCAAUCUCGACACUCCACUGACUGAAUCCAGUCAUCAAUCAUCUGUUGUCAGCAAAGCGAUCAACGAAGUAAGUGUCCCAAUCCAUGCCGAUUCUCCUUCACUACUCCUGUUCCUUUCUCCUUUUCCGUUUAUUCGCUCUCAACAAUCGAAUCUGACAUUUAACGCUCGGAAUUACUUUCGCAAUUCUCUCAAUUACAGGUUGAACGGCCAAUCACCAGGCCGCAGAUGAUGACAUUGUUUUGAAGGACAGAACAGAAAAUAGGAAAGGGGGUGAAUUGUUUUGAUUUUGUGAGAAAAAAAUAUCGCUGUUUGUGUUAUUUAUUUAGUAAUACGGUUUUAUGCAAACUUGAACAGAGAACGGAAACGGAAAAGUUUAUUAGAAGCCUCGUUUCCGUUCUAAUUUUGUUUUUUUUUAGUUUUUUAGUCAAAAUGUCAGUGUAAUGACCAACAACCAAGUAAGGAAAUCCGCGUUGUUCCAAGAAAAGGAUCUCUCAUUCUUCUUGUCUUCCCUUCUCUCCGUCCAAGUAAUCCACUUCCGUCUCCAUUGUUGUUGCUGCCAUUCUUUGCGUUCGCUGAUUUUGCAGAGGGCCGCUGGCGGGUGCUCGCAGAAAAGUAUGAUAAGUGGGCGAGAGCCAGGUCUUAACGAAUUCAUCAUCUCCGGUGUCUUCUCCUCUUACACCACGGUGGCCGCCGCCUUCUCCUUCCCUCCCGCCCUCCUUAUUUAGCCCGACGGUCGUCUGUGUCUCUCUGCGUUCUCUCCGCCCUUAAUCCCUCUAACUGUCUGCCCACGAAUAGAGCCAUACAGCCGCGCCCGCCUCUCUUUUCUCGUUUUGUUUACCUCGUUUCUCACCCAUUUUCGAACCGACCCAACCGCUUCUUCACUUUCCGUGAACUAAUUUAAUAUUUUGAACUUUCCUGCUCUUGAUGCGCGCUUUUUGAGCACCAGAAUUUGAUGAAAACUUUUGUCUUUAUUACUGUACUGUAGAAGUUUCCUCUUGCUCGAUAAGUUUUCUAGUUUUCGCUCAAGUUCAAGCGAAAAUAGUAAAAAAUGCAGAAUUAUGUAUUUUUGGUGUUUGAGCACGUGAAAGACCUCCCUAAGGGAGCAGCAGUGACGAUACGAAGUUCAGGAAACCGCAUCGCAUUAGCGUUGCUCCUCCUGCCCUAGCCGAUUAUCCAUGUAAUCCGGCCUCCGUUCUGAGAAACAAGAGCAAUGUGCACUUUAUUAUCCCAUUUUUCCGGCUUUGCAAAAACCUAAUGCGGAAGUUGAGAUCGAUGCUCUCCUGUAUCAUCGCUGUCCAAAGUGAGUCACGUUCCUUGCGAAUUUCUCUUUUCCCAUUUCCUUUCCGAGUCUGGCUUCGCUUUCACUUACUAUUUUCGUUUCCGUGUCUACAACUAAUCACCACAUCUUUUCCUUCUCGCUCCGUCUGUGUUUCUUCGUCUUGCAACGCAUUGUUGCUCCCUUCCACUCCACCGAAAGAAUCUCCUAAUUUGUGAGAAAAAGCAUCGGCUCUCGUGCUCUUUCCUAUUGUUUCUCUCGGUGCUAAUAAGCUAAAUGACGUGUCACAGCCUGACGGGAUUAGCGCGUCCACAGCACCUUCAAGAACUUCAUUGCAUUGGCCCCGCGUGCUUCAUCUUUUCUCUCAUCAUACAAAUUCACUUUUCCCUCCUUUUUUUGGCCAAGCAGAGAAGGGAAGGAGAGAGAGAAUAACUAACUCUUUUUGUUGCCCCUCGGGCACCGGACCGAAUCCAAUUUCAUUUUUCUUUCGUUUUUCAUUCUAUUUCUUGGUCUCCUCCUUCCCUCAUCUUCGUACUCAUUUUCUUACGGAUUUCCGCGCGGAUUUACUAAUCGCACUCCGAAGCGUCAUCCUACGAAGGAUGAGACGUCGUCUGAAAGAAAGACAUGAAGCAGCAUCAAUUUAUUUAUUGAUCACUAUUGCUAUGAAGGAUGAAGCUCGUGCCUCUCCUUCUUCCUUCUUUCAUUCCGGCAAUAGAGGAGGGCGUGAAAGACGGAAAUUUCGCCUCCCGACUCAUUCGCGCGAGAGCGAAAACGAAAACCAAGAGUAGACAUCGUGGCCGUCGUCGACACGCAACACUUCUCGUUUUCCUUCUCCUCGUUUCCAGUCAGAUUAUCAUUUUUUGCAUACGAAACGAGUUGCUGACCGCCCGCACCCGUUGGCCACUGCUCUGCUCGCUCGCUCAGAUCUGCUUGUUUAUUUUGGAGAGAAACGCUCUACAGAAAUGGCCACAACCACGUCAUUUCUCUCGAAAUUUUUUUGCUUUCUGCCUAACUGAGACGUCAUCUGAGCUCAGUUGGCAACUUCCGAAUCGUCAGUAAACAACUUUUUUCUGAAAACUCACUCGCUUCGCAGUUUUCCAUUCUCUCCAGCUAAUUAGCGCUUUCCCUCAUUUCUAAGCUAUCUCACUUCUCUUGAAAUCCAAUGCAUUUGUACGACACUCCGCUAUUUUGCUCCCUUGGCAACCGAACACUUUGCAGGUGCUGUCAUGUCUGCGUCCAGAAGAGGUUCCGCACUUUCGCGAGAUCAUCCGCAAAUACAACACGGGUGAGCAAAACGUUAAAGUUUUUGCUCAGAAACUCGUCGAGCUGCUUGGUCCCAAUCGCAAAAAGCGUCUUUCAUGUAAGUUUUUUGCCCUUUUUCUCCCUCCAAAUUUGCAACUUCCGUCGCCUAUUUGCAGAUUUGAAGCAUGUGUUGAGGGCAGAGGACAUGCACCAAUUCGACUCAGCGAUUAUCUGAAUGGGUAAUUGGAUUUAAAUUCUUUCGGACCCAUAAACCUUUGUCGUUUCAGGGAGGAGCAGCCAGCACAUCAAGCGGCUCAUCACGGCUUGACGAGCCCCCGUUUUUGACUUUCUUUUUUUUUACUCGACAGAUGCUUCAGUUUCCUCUCUUCGUUUAGUUUCCUCUCCUUUUGAUUCCUUCUCUUUUUUCGCUUGGCAAUGCAAAAAGCAAAGAAAUAAAACUUGGAAAUAUUGCAGGCUAGGACGCGUCUCGCUCAUCUGGAGACGGCGCCGUCGUCAACUUCGAGGUCACGACACGCAAGAUGAGCUCGGUGAGUCGUCCGUCGAGCGGCAACAGUGCGGCAGGAGCCGGCAGCGGUGGAGGCGGCGGCGGCGGCAGUGGAGGUGGUAUCCGUGGAUUCUUCUCGAAGCUCCGGAAGCCAUCGGACCAACUGAUCGGAUCGCAACAGGUACGCUCCGACAACAUCUUUUGCAAGCCAGCAACAACUGCUCCCCCGUGCUCUCCUGGGGGUCGAUCUUGUCCCUCAUGUUCUCAUCGAAAAACAAGACAUUUGUCUUGGGUCACCUCAAACCAAUCCGUGUUGUCUUCCGUCAUCCAUUCUGUUAAUGAGCUGUCGCCGGCGCUCUCAAACUAUAAUGUACAAGCAAGUGCCGAAGAUCUACGUGAGUUUCAGCCAAUUUCUCGCUCGAUUGAACCCGUUGUUGCACGCAGCACAGGGCCACCCGCCUAUCAGAUGGGAGCGCUAAUAGGAUUUUCUUUGCUUUUCACUCAUUUUUUUAUAAGGAAAAUAAAUGGCGAAGCGAAGCGAGGCGAUAACGAGACAGGAACAAAAAGACAGAUAGAGGCGUUAGUUCAGUGCUCCGAAGACCCGACCGCCGAUGUUUCGGUGUUUUCACUCCUUUUUUAUGUUUUUGAAAACGUCGCAAAAAGGCAUAAACAGGUUAGGGGCACUCAAUACGAACCCCCUAUUGAGUUAUCGGCCCGACAAUGCAUUUCUUCUCUCGUCCCUUCCACACUCUUCCUUUUUCGAAGUUUUCUUACUGUCACGCGCUUUCAGUCAACAUCUCUUUAAAGUUCUUUUUGGCUGAGUGUAAAUGAAAUUUUGAAGUGGAGUUCUAACAGAAAUCUUUUUUCACUCUCAAAAUUUCUCCGGAAGUGUUCGUAAAACGGCAGCUUUUGAACUUAUUGUGUCAAUAGAAUGUCUGUUGAAACUUGGUCCCAGUCAUUUCAUUCGUCUGUUGAUCGCAGUGCUACUAUUCUCAUUCUGUAAAUUAGAAAUUGAUGUAGAUUGGAAUUUGACCGCCCUUGAUCAUUCUUCUUCCAAUUCCAGUCGUUCCCCCAAUUCGAUUCUCUUUCCCUCACCAAAUUUACUCUUGAAUUCCCCGGAAACGCUUCCGGGUUUCUCUAACCCGCAACCAAGACACGCACAAAUGCACACACGUCUGUUUGAAUUGUUUUCAUCGCCCCACCGCUCUCGCUACGGCAAAACAAUUCAAUCAUUAGAGGCAUGCCUAGACACAAAGCUUUCCAGAAUGACAAGUGAAGAAAAGUUCUGAACGUGUGUGGGCGGAGCUAAGAGAAGCAAAGAGAAAAAAACAAGCGAUUCCUAAUGAGGAACGGUAGCCUGGAACGCUGAGACAGAUGCCGUCGCCGUGUUUUCUGGCUCCUGGAGAAGACUGCUCAAAUUGAAAGUCGGCGUCUCUCAGUCUUACCCAUUCUCUCCUUGAAAAGGAAUGGCGCCUGGAAAUUGGGAAAAUUGAACAUAACAAGUUGGAACAGAUGAACACUGGUCGAGAAGAACCCGUUCGCUCCUAUCGAGAGCCCUUUCCUAUCUUGAUGACCUUCGAAAUUCUGCAACUUUUCUCUAUAUAAACAACCAGAAACGUUCAUCAAACCCCAUAUCAGUGUCUAAAUCUUUCCCUCAAUUCCUUGCUGUUUUCUGAUCGUCUUCAGUGGUCCCCAAACAUCAAUUUCCUUUUAUGAGAUGUCGUCGUCCCUUCCAUUCCAUUCCUGGUUUAUGAGAACCGAUGAUAGUUUUUCUGAGCGUAUUCGUCAUGCUCAUAUCAGAUUGUUGAGAAAAGCUGUUUUUUUUGUUUUUGUUCUUUUCGAGCCUUUUUUCAGUAGCACCACUAAAUCUGAUUCCAGCACCUGCCGGUCUCAACAGAAUCAGAAGCUGUGAUUAGGCUCUUGCUCAGAUCAUAUUACAUCCGUUACGACUUGCAUGAUAGGUCGGAAGCGACGACGUCUCCGACACUAGUCUUUCGACCUUCCUUUGCAGACGCCUGGCCGCGCCUCAACAGUCUCUUUGCUUCGCUUCUCAUUACUUCUUCAUAUCAUUGUCACUUAUUUCGGCCCCAUUUUUGUUGACGAUUUCUCGGUGCAACAUAUCGUUCAGAAGCCCGUCUUCUCAGAAUGUGCUGGAAAUUUAACCCGCUCAAGGCGUUGCGAGUCGUUGAGGUGAGUACCGUACCGUUUAUUUUAUGUAGUCAUAUAUAUCUCUUUCCCUCUGUCCAUUUCUCUCAAACAAAACAACAUGUGCAUAACAUAAAAUUACUGUAGUCGACAUGUUUUUUUUAGAAGAAUGCUGAUGCUUUUUCGUAGCCUGUACUUUAUUAGUUUUUCAUCGAUCAAGAGUAUCAGCUGGUCACAGAGACAGAUUACCCCAUCAGAACAACCCGUUUUCUUCUAUUUUGACGAAAAUUCGUCUUGAACGGUCAAUUUGCAAUUUCCGCGCAAUUUUGAAGUUAGUCCCUAAAUCACUAGUCGAAUUUCCACUGACGUUUUUCUCUAAAAAGAAGUGCAAGAAUGAAGCAUGGAUUUGUACGUAACAUGAACAAUGAAACAGGAAGAACUCGUUGAUCUCUUUCAUUUUUCUUCUUUUUGUUUAUCAGCGCAUAUUUUGAAUUCCGAACGACACAGCUACAGUAGCUGUCGGAACAUUCAUCAACUGUCUAGCCGUUCUGUCAGCUGACUGCACAAAACUCAAAAACUUCAGUCAACCGGAUAAAGGCGACUUCAACCUCUUCCUGAAAACAUCCUGAAAUUCUAGUUGUUAUUAAUGAGCCGCUAUUUCUUCAUUUGAAGUGUUUCUCGUUAUCCAGUGAAAGAGUAGGGAAUCUCCCACAUUUGUGCUGUGUUUCGUAAACAGAAGGUUUCAUUUCCCUCGAAAUUAGCAUUUUGUUUGACACGGAUGACGAAAAACAACAUGAAUCAGGCGCUGCAUGCGGACCUCUCUCUCGAGAUUCCAACGGGUCGUAGAUGCGUAAUUAGAGAAGUAAUCUGGGCAUAUAAUAUUCACAUAGUUGAUGCAGUUCCGCCCCGAAAGGGCAUUGAUUCGAAAAAUGCUCUCGGCUUUUCCCGAGAGAGCGAGAAGUGAUUUGCGAGAGAAAAUGCUCCGAGUCGGCGAAGAUAUAUCGGACACAAAGAGGUCAAACAACACUCGGCUGUUGCAAGUUUACAGCAGGCGGAAUAUGUCUGCAGAAGCUCUUCCGUUAUAGGUUUUCUCGUGAUAGAAGAGGGUAGAGUCCUCGAAGUUGCAGUUGUUGUCACCAGGAAACACAUCUGAUUAAACGGAACAGUCCGGAAACAUGAGUGUUUGUUUUUAAACAGACUCGUGGGAACUGAAGUUGGAAUUUGCGAGCGAGUUUAUUUUGUGUGUGAUGAACAGAAAAACACGAUGCGUUAGACACAUUUGUGCAAAACAGCCGCUACGUUCCUCUUCCCGAUCACAAUCGUUUGUCUGCUGUCUCGGGCACAGUCUUCGCUUCCCACCAUCAUUGACCGAUGCCCAGCCCGCGAAAAGCGCGUGAUCACAGAAAAAAAACGGUCGCUCCCGCCGUGUCUCCGUUUGCAGCCAUUUCUGCGUCUACCUCGCUGAUCGCUAUUUCGUUUUUUUCCCACUUCCACGUUGGUUUUAGUUCAGAUAAUGUUUGUGAGUGAUGAUGAGGACGGCGGCGCCCGCGACGAAAGAGUCCCAGACGCAGACGGUCCAAGAGGACGGGCAAGUGGCGGCGGCAGCAUUCUGCAGAAGAGAAGACAAAACAAGAGGCGGCGGCAGAGGACCAUUGAAUUCUAUGCCCCGUGGCUGUCUUCUCUUUUUCUGCUCCUCCUUUUUCUUUUUUUUCUUGCGCUCCGCUUUUCCCCUCUGGCAAAAAGUGUGGGUUGUUGUAGGGUGUGUGUGUGCUCUUCUGACCACUGAGAAGUCGUCAUCCUUCUCUGUCUCGACGUCUCUUCCUUUUUCACAUCAAUUAACUGUGAAGAAGAAGAAAAAGAGAGAAGUGGGCGGAGUCGGGUGUUGCAACACACAGAACUACGCACUCUCGGACGACCCGCGAAAAGCGCGCUCUGUCGUCUUCUUCGCUCAAACCACCUCGUCCAUCGGCACUUAUUCAUCGCAUUCCAUCCGGUCUGAUGUAUUCUUCCGGUCGGCAUCAUCACGAUUCGAUGUCCGACUCCGCGUCGUUCCUGGUGAGUUCACAUCAGUAGCAGAAACGUUUUCCUUCGGCUCUACAGCCUCAACAAGUUUUGUUUUCCCAGCUGCCUUUCCUUGUUUCCUACGUUGAGCCAGUUGCCAGCGGAAGAAUUAGGCGCUGCGUCAAGCAGCCCAGAACGAAUUCUUAUUGGGAACUCGCAAAACAGACGAACACAAACAUGUUUUGAUCGGUCGUAGUCUUCUCCGGGGCCUAGGCGCAUCCACAACUCUUCUCCCAUCAGUUACUCACUCCGUCUGUUCAUUUAUUUCGAUUCAAUGAAAGAAACAGAAUUUCGAUUAAGGAAGGAGAGAGAGAAUGACUUUCUGGUUUUUGAUCGGUCGUUGGGAACGAAAAAGUAUGUGGCGUCGACGUCUCAAAUCGUCCUGCGCGUCGUCUCUAUCGUCGUUAUCAACACUAUAAAAUUUGUGUCCCUCUGCGUCUGCCCUCUGUGUAGUUUAGUGUACCGAUCUCUUUUUAUCACACAGCAGUUACUUUUCGAACUAAAUAAAUCGGAGAACAGUUCUCUGAUGCAACCCCGUAGGCUAUAAGCGAUACAGUAAACACGGACACAAACUUGCACCCACAAAUGUUUGAAGAUAGAAGAAGAAUCAGUCCAUUCGUAUCACAAGAACAAGUAUGGGAAUUUCAAAGUGUUUUGGCGAAUAGAUCUUCCCAUUCGAAUUGCCCCGUCUAGCCAUUACAAAGUGAACUUUGAUUCGAAAGGGAUACUGUAAAGGGAGAAUGAUCGGCGGGGAAUGCAAAGAAAAAGAUGGCAAGGACAUCACAUGAUUGAAAAAAUGAUGAACUCGAUCAUUUGAGCCAAUUACGGGGGGAGCAGGGAACAGCACCCAAUUACGUGUUUUUUUGGAAACGAUCGAAAAUUCCUUUUUUUUUCAGGUACAAGUCGGAUCGCGAACAUUCGAGGCGCACGAGCUGCAGAAGCUGAUUCCGCAGCUGGAAGAGGCGAUCUCUCGAAAGGAUGCUCAGCUAAGACAGCAGCAAUCGAUUGUCGAGGGGCACAUCAAGCGAAUCUCGGAGCUCGAAGGAGAAGUCACCACCCUUCAGGUAUGUCAUUACAGAAACUCCCACGAAGUAUUAUUUUACAGAGAGAAUGUGACAAGCUGCGUUCAGUCCUCGAGCAGAAAGCCCAAUCGGCCGCCAGUCCGGGACAGCCACCAUCCCCGUCGCCACGCACGGAUCAGCUCGGCAAUGAUCUGCAACAGAAGGCCGUUCUGCCGGCUGAUGGAGCUCAGAGAGCCAAGAAGAUUGCCGUUUCCGCGGAGCCGACCAACUUUGAGAACAAGCCCGCCACACUUCAGCACUACAACAAGACAGUCGGGUUUGUAGAAUUCACUUCUGCCUGAAAGAAGAUCUAAUUGAUUGCAGAGCGAAGCAGAUGAUUCGAGAUGCCGUACAGAAGAACGAUUUCCUGAAGCAGCUGGCGAAGGAGCAAAUCAUCGAAUUGGUGAACUGCAUGUACGAAAUGAGAGCUCGUGCCGGACAGUGGGUCAUCCAGGAAGGAGAGCCCGGAGAUCGUCUCUUUGUGGUUGCCGGUGAGUCUGAGGGACACGAAUUUCUGAAGCAGGAAAGGGGUCAGAAGUUUUGUAACAUCUGUAGCUUGUUCUCUGCUCACACUCCGCUUCGCCCUUUUAGACUUGCAAAUGUAGGCUCGCUGCACAAAUAUUAAUAUUCUUCUAGAAUACAAGGGCUUUGAAGGUUUUAUAUGCUGUAAUGUGUAACUUUCAGAGGGAGAGCUGCAAGUGUCACGCGAAGGAGCUCUCCUUGGAAAAAUGAGAGCUGGAACCGUGAUGGGAGAGCUCGCCAUCUUGUACAACUGCACCAGGUGCGUCCUCUUUUCCAUUGUCGCAUAGAAAACAGAAAUCAGCCGGUGAUGGAGUAAUUCUUUGGUCUCCGCCACUAAAACUGAUGUGUGUAGUGAUCAAUAUCAUCAUCUUCUUGUGCGGUUUGGGCGGAUUGAUCAUCUGAAAAGAGAAAACAUAUGGAAAAAGGGAGUGGAUAAAAGGGAAAUGACGAAAAGUUGAUUUAUUAAAGUCGUCGAGUUCCCCUUCGGUUUCUUUCCCUUUCAUGCGUUUCCAAUCUAUCAGUUCGCUUUUAUCUCACUCGUUGUUCGAUUAGUCCUUCCAUUUGUUGAUAAGAGAACGCGCAAUCUUCAAAAACGGAACAAAGGAAAUCUAAGCUGCAACCAAAGACAUUCCAAGUUUCAUUACUUGGUUCGGUGAUGUUUUCUGGCCCAAAUCAAAACGUCGUCGUCGUUUGGUCUCUCAAGCCCACCCCGGAACUUAUUUGUGUAGCUCUCUUCCCGACGUCACGAUGCUUGUGAUCCCAUUAAUGAGCCUCCAUAAAUUGUCUGGUGUCGUGUCUUUCCAGUCCGUCAGGUGGAUCCUGUAGAACCAACAAAACACGGAGACCACAUGCUGCAGUUGUUCCGUGUUCAAAGAUAACCCGGAUCAUUUGUUUUCGUCCUUCUCCGGAUGCGUCAUCGUGUCUUCAGUUACCUAGUCUUUGGUACAAAUCGGCUGUAAUUUUUCGACAGUUCCUCCCCCUAAUCUAUUUUGACAGGGCCCACGACGAACCAGAUUCCUUCGCUUCCCGCUCCUGACCAUUUUUGCCGCCAUAUGUUCGGUAGUCGUCGAUUUUGUAGCUUCUUCCUUUAGUUUCCUCGUCGUCUUCAUAUUUUUCUUCUUUUUUCGUCUCUUUUGGCAUAUUCGGUUUGAAGGACAAUCACAUUGGGAGAUGUCGGUUUCAGUGGUCAUUCAGCCCCUCUCACACUAUCACAUUAGCCGUCGUAUCUUUUGCGGACAAGAAAAAACACGUGAAUCGGUGAUGGAGAUGUUUCUUCUCAACAUUCGAAAACCGUUGAAAGUUUCUCGCACAGUAAUCGAUCCUAAUCGAUCACUCAACGUUAUCAAUAUUUUACCAAAACCCAUGCACUCUUUUGGAAAGUGUACAAUGGUGUCAGAUAUCAUUUUGCGGAGACAGGUUGUUUUUUUCCGAUAAACUAGUACAUCUUUUUUUAAUCGACACUAGUCCGAAACCAUCGGUGGGAACUUGCUUUCUUCUCCGAUCACGGUUUUGCUCGGGUUACACCCGUUCCUCCCUAACACUAUCGGUUCAGUUUGUGUAUGUUCUUGACUAGAAUUGCCACCCAGGGGUAAUCGGAUUCUAAUUUUCAUUUUCAUUCGUUUAUUUAUCAAUGUAAGAGAAGGAAAGAUACAACACGUGAGAGGGGAGGACGAAUGGUGGAAAGGACAGUCCCUCACGAGACGUACCUAGGGAUUAGGGGAGAUAAGGAGGGGUUAUAAUUCUGGACGUCAAAGAUCGAAAAGCUCACGGAAAUACUAGCAGAGACCGGUUCCUGAGUAAGUGCAGGCGUUGGCAAACUGUUUGCAUAAUUACUCUUGUGUCUGAACCAAAAUGUUUGCGUGGCACCUGCACAUUCUUCUGUUUCUCGAUCACCGCUUAUUUAUAUCCGUCUCGCUCCUUUUCGAUCUUUCUUCAAUUCACUUCUUCUUAUUCUUCGUCUUCUUUUUCACUUUCCAUCGCCUGAAACUACAUACCAGUUGACAGCAGCUGAUGCAGGCCGUCAAUGAAGCAUUUCUCGAAUUCGAUGAGAUCGUCCUUUCCGGUUAUCUCGGUUCACAAUCUUCCUCUCCAUGUCGCUUCUGCCUCUCUUAUGGCUGCGUCUCUCGAACUUGUACUGAUCCGACUGUUCGAAUUCGUCUCUGGCGCCCUUUGCCUUUGUCUCCUCAGUUUUUCUUGCCAUUUUUCGAGAAUUCAACGACGGCAAACCGAAGGACAGUCAGUCGACGUCCCUCCUUUCUCUCCUUCUCCCCGUGUUUUGAUACUUCCCACUCACCUACUUAGCCCACUCAUGUCUCCGACUCAAAAAGCACCUAAGCCGGAAAAGAAGCUUUUCUGAAAAGCAAUGCGUUCAUGAGGACUCGGUGUGUCUCCUACCAUUCAUCCUACUUGAUUAUGUUCUUCUUUUAGUGUAAUAAGUUACGACACCCCAUUUGGCCCAGAUGCUUUCCAGAUUGAUUUGUUCAGCGUCUUAGGUAUGUAGGUACGUCUCCCGACAACGAGACGUUCGGAGGUCACUGCAAACGGCUACUGUUGUAUUUUUCCAUGACACCUAGUUCACUUAGAUUAGCCGCCUCCGCAUUGUUCUCCUUCUUCUCUGUUUGCUUAUGUUUUCUUGUCACGCCGCCUUUCUUUCACUUCAGUCUUUGGUUGAAACUCAAUUAAAGUUUGUUCGUCCGUCUCCAUUUCCGUGCACAUCUUCUCGUGGUCCUCCAUUUCCGCAUUGUUUUCUUCCAUCUCGAUCCACGUGGGAACUUCUCUAAAAUUCACAUAAUCAUCUGAAUUGGCUCUAUCUUACAUCCACUUUUUGUCUUUUUCCGCAGUUUAUUCUUGCUAAUUGCUUUCUCCAAGAAGCAACAUGUAGAUUUCGGAAACGUUCGUAUCAAGAGGACCGUGUUGACGUCUGCGUCUGGUCCCCAGCAAUUUGUUGUUUGGCCCGUCUCUUUGAUGUUCUAAUAGCUACUGACAUUUUUGAAAUUUCUGUUCUUGACAUACUUCAUUCUGUUCUGCUUCUCCGCAUUGUUAUCUUUCCUUCACUAUCAUUUCUGUUCUCCCGUUCCAGUAGCGCUCCUGAUGCUCACUUGUUCAACAUGUCACAUUUCGCCGACGUAUCCGAAAUUCAUCGAAAAACUUCGUCGGCUCAUUUGGGGCCAGCCGUCCACGUCAUACGAGUUCGAUGAGAUGGUGCCAGUAGCACUCAAAUCACACAGAAAACAUGUUGAUGACUAUUAUGUUGAGGAGAUUCACUACGAUCCAGUCGUGACCAGGAAAAAGAAUAAGUUGGUACCUGAAAAUUAAACUAUGCCAUCACCGGCUAAUUUCUAAAGUCAUCGGAGUGCUGAAAUAAUCCGACCCGAAUAUAAUAAGAUCACAUUUUGCAGGACGGCUUCCGUGCAAGCCCUGACCGACGUGCAACUAUGGGUACUGGACCGAUCGGUGUUCCAGAUGAUCACGCAACGUCUCGGAAUGGAAAGGCAUUCGCAGCUGAUGAAUUUCUUAACAAAAGUGAGUACGGCGAUGGUCUGAAUCGAGUACAUGACUGUUGCGAUCAAGACCCUUUUCCCUAAUCUGCGCCGCAGCGCCAUUCUGUUUAUUUUACGACAAUUUCGAACCGGGACACGGUGGGUCAAUGAAAAGCGUAGAGAGACGGGUGUUCACGUGAACAGAUAAUGUGUCUUCGACCGAAAUCACAGUUGACUUUUUGAUUCUCUUAUACCAAGAGGAAGUCGGCGUAUAAACAAAAGAGCAGCCCGUAAACGGCCUCUAGAGAGCCUUUAGUCUUCAGAUAGAAGUCCAAUCAAAACAUUCAUCCCUUUGUAGUUUACUCUAAAUGCUCAUACAACAGUCAUACUCAUUGUUUUGAUAUUGUUGUUCGUCCAGUGGGUACACACCAAAACACGACGCAAACAGGUCUUUUUGUUGAUAGGAAAGCCCGCUCAGCACAGGGCACACGCAUAUCCUCUUGUCCAGAAACGGAGCAUUUCCUGCUCCGUGCGCUACACCGAUGAUCACCCCUUCAUCACCAUCGAAACUGAUUCAUUUGUGCUCAUUCGUUGUGCGUUGAGCCGUUUCUUUCCUCUUGAGAAGCACAAUGAACCUGAUGGAGCAUCCCUCUUCUCCCCUUUUCGUUUAAUUCGAUCGGCCAACAAUCGAGCUCACUCAGUCGCCGAACCGUCUGUCGUCGGGUCGGCUCAGUUACAGUAAGCAGAGCGUCUCUCCCACUUUUCGCCGAUUAUUUCCGAUCAUCUUGACUCAUUUCUACUGACUGAUGUCUCAUCGCUGCUCCUUUCAAAAACCGUCGAACGUCAUUGAUUCGGAAAUGAAAGCGUUUCUCUAGAAGCGCCGUCGCUCAAAAACCAAAAUUGAGUGAAAGCCUGAUAUUGUCGCAAAACGGGUAUUCAUUUUGAAGCUACUACUAUAGAGGGACCAAAAAACAACAAAAUCAUGAAGCAAAUUGUUGUGGUUGGUUUCGCGAAAAGGGUGUGACGCUGUUUCUAAAGUGCUCUUAUUGCAGGUAUCCAUUUUCGAAAACUUGUCCGAGGACAGAAUCUCGAAAAUGGCCGACGUCAUGGACCAGGACUACUACGACGGAGGCCAUUACAUCAUCAGACAAGGGGAAAAGGUGGGUGUGCGGAAGAUGAUUGGUCUGUUUGCGGAGAGCCAUUUGAAAAAGGUGUUCUCUGUUAAAUUAGUUCGCUCAUUCACAAUUCCAUGUGACUUUUACAUCUUCUUCUCCCGCAUUUUACAAUAUAAUUAUCCGAGUGCUUCCUUCUUUUCCUCCUUUUUGGUUUCUUUGUUUUCUACUUCACUUCCUCAAUGUUUCACUUAUCUCGAUUCCUUCUACCAUUUCUAAGGAAAUCUGUCAGACGGUCUAGAAAAUGGCUCCGCAAACAGGUCCCAGUCUGAUUGCAUUUGAACAGAUAAAUAAGUUCGCAAGAGUUUACAGGGAGACGCCUUCUUUGUCAUCAAUUCCGGACAAGUCAAAGUGACUCAGCAGAUCGAAGGAGAGAAAGAGCCGCGAGAGAUUAGGAUUCUCAAUCAGGUGAGAAAUCAUCGGACACAACAUCACACAAACAUCAGUUUUAGGGAGACUUCUUCGGAGAGCGAGCACUUCUCGGAGAGGAGGUCCGAACUGCCAACAUCAUCGCACAGCCACCAGGAGUCGAAGUGCUCACCCUGGACCGUGAAUCUUUCACCAAACUGAUAGGAGAUCUCGAGACGUUGAAACGCGACUAUGGGGAUAAGGAACGCCUGGCUCAGGUUAUUCGUGAGCCUCCAAGUCCGGUCAAGAUGGUCGAUGACUUCCGAGAAGAAUUCGCGGCGGUCACUUUGAAGAACAUCAAAAGACUGGCAACUCUUGGAGUCGGAGGGUUCGGAAGAGUCGAGUUGGUCUGUGUGAAUGGAGACAAAUCGAAGACGUACGCACUGAAGGCGUUGAAGAAGAAGCACAUUGUGGACACGAGGCAACAGGAGCACAUAUUCGCCGAGAGGAACAUCAUGAUGGAGACGUCGACCGAUUGGAUCGUCAAGUUGUACAAGACUUUCCGCGAUCAGAAGUUCGUCUACAUGCUUUUGGAGGUGUGUCUCGGUGGAGAGCUCUGGACGACUUUGAGAGAUCGAGGACACUUCGACGACUACACCGCCAGGUUUUACGUGGCUUGCGUGCUGGAAGGACUCGAAUACCUGCACAGAAAGAACAUUGUGUACAGAGAUCUGAAGCCAGAGAAUUGUCUUCUCGCCAAUACCGGAUACCUCAAACUUGUCGACUUUGGAUUCGCGAAGAAACUGGCAUCAGGCCGAAAAACGUGGACGUUCUGUGGAACUCCGGAGUACGUUUCUCCGGAAAUCAUUCUCAACAAAGGACACGACCAGGCGGCCGACUACUGGGCGCUCGGAAUCUACAUUUGCGAGCUGAUGCUCGGAAGACCACCAUUCCAGGCUAGCGACCCGAUGAAGACGUACACUCUGAUUCUGAAGGGAGUCGACGCACUCGAGAUUCCGAACCGCCGCAUUGGAAAGACGGCGACGGCUCUCGUCAAGAAGCUGUGCAGAGACAACCCGGGAGAGCGCCUCGGAUCGGGAUCCGGAGGAGUUAAUGACAUCCGCAAACAUCGUUGGUUCAUGGGAUUCGACUGGGAAGGACUGAGAGGAAGGACCCUGAAGCCACCAAUUUUGCCGAAGGUAACCGUUUCGGAAAGCCGUCCAUUUCUCAACGUAUUAUGUUCAGGUUUCGAACCCAGCCGAUGUGACCAACUUCGACAACUAUCCACCAGACAACGAUGUGCCUCCAGAUGAGUUCUCCGGAUGGGACGAGGGAUUCUAA